ACCUGACUUUUCGUGUGUGUGCGCGUGUGUGCGUGUGUGUGUUGUAGCGUGUGUGUGUGUGUGUGUGUGUGUGUGUGUGUGUGUGAAUAUGGCUGCUCCGCUCGCGCACCGGGGCCUGGCCGACAUGCCGGACCUGAGCCACCUCACCGACGAAGAGAGGAGGAUCAUCCUCGACGUCAUGGACCGCCAGAAAAGAGAAGAGGAGAAGGAACAGUCCAUGCUGAAGGUCAAAGAAGAUCCAAAGCCUCAAUCGGCGCAGUGGUUCAAAAGUCCCUUUAGCGGGAUCACGGACCUGGUUAAUAACGUUCUCCAGCCGCAGACUAAGUCCCAAAAUGAGCCUCAAACAGAAGCAGCGACGGAGGGGCCGGAAAAGAAGCUGCACCAGCAGUUCGAGUCGUAUAAGGACCAGGUGAAGAAGAUGGCGGAGGAGUCUCAGACCACUCCAGAGCAGAAAAGCGAGGCUCCCAUCUGCGGAAUUUGCCACAAGACCAAGUUUGCUGAUGGCUGUGGUCACCUCUGUUCAUAUUGCCAAACCAAGUUCUGUGCCCGCUGUGGGGGAAGAGUGUCUCUCCGCUCCAACAAGGUAAUGUGGGUAUGUAACUUGUGCCGAAAACAACAAGAAAUCCUCACAAAAUCUGGAGCAUGGUUCUACAGCGGCCCGGGCUCCACGAUGCCUCCGGAGGUCGCCGGGGUCAUGCGCAGACGCCAUGAGGAGGCCCCUCAGGAGAAGAAAGCCAAACUGCAGGAUGCUUCAUUAUUAUAUCACAGCACCACAGUGGAACGCAGCAGGGCCCCCAGUCUCCUUCGUCAACACUCCCUUGACCCCGAAAGGAAAAGAAGCCCUUCGGCGUCUAGGGAGCCAAAUCCGAACUACCAAAGGGAGGAGCGUCCAUCGCACUAUGCCCCAGGACAAAGUGGCAUGCCACGAUCACCCUCUGACUACGGUCGCCCCUACGAGGACGCCCAGUCAGCUCGGGCGUCAUACCGCGCCCGACGUGGUGCCUGGCACUCCCAGGAGGAGGAGCAGCACCCUCCCGAGCCAGGCUUGGUGUCCGAGCGUGAUCUCCAUCGCCAGGACGAGUGCCACACGCGCUACCGGAGUGACCCAAACCUGGCGCGGUACCCAGUGAAGCCGCAGCCAUACGAGGAACAGAUGCGCAUGCACGCCGAGAUGUCACGUUUCCGCCAUGAGCGGCGCCACAGCGAUGUCUCCCUGGCGUGCACCGAGGCCGAAGAACGGCCCGGUGCCUGGCGUUAUGGUCAUGUCCAGUCCCACGGCCCCUCCUACGGUCACCUGCCCUCCAACUCUGGUCCUCGGGACAAGACGGAGAACCUGCUGCGCAACGACUCGCUUAGUUCGGACCAGUCGGAGUCUGUGCGUCCACCACCACCGAGACCUCAUAAAAGCAAGCGAGGAGGCAAAGCAAGGCGGGCCUCACUGAGCAGCUCAGAUGAAGAGCUUCCCACCACACCCGAGUACACCAGCUGCGAGGAUGUAGAGAUUGAGAGCGAGUCGGUCAGUGAGAAAGGGGACAGUCAAAGGGGAAAAAGAGAAACUAUUGAGCAGGCACACAUCUUAUCAGAGGGCCAAAAGAAAAUGGUGCGCUUUUGGGGCCACUCGUUGGAAGAGGAUGCCGAGUGGGGCGAGCCGCAGGUUAAAGACUCGGGCGUUGACACAUGCAGUAGCACAACGCUAAAUGAGGAGCAUAGCCAUAGCGAGAAGCACCCUGUCACAUGGCAACCGUCCAAAGACGGAGACCGUCUCAUCGGCCGCAUUUUGCUCAACAAGCGGCUCAAGGACGGAAGCGUUCCUCGUGACUCGGGAGCUCUUCUGGGGUUAAAAGUGAUUGGGGGAAAAAUGACUGAGUCUGGUAGACUUUGUGCGUUCAUCACUAAAGUAAGGAAAGGAAGUUUAGCAGACACUGUCGGACAUCUUAGACCAGGCGAUCAGGUCUUGGAGUGGAACGGGAGAAACUUACAAGGAGCCACAUUUAAAGAAGUUUACAAUAUCAUUUUAGAAUCCAAGCCAGAGCCUCAGGUGGAACUGGUGGUGUCCCGACCCAUCGGAGAUAUCCCCAGGAUACCAGACAGCACACACACACAACUGGAGUCGAGUUCCAGCUCAUUUGAGUCGCAGAAGAUGGACCGGCCAUCCAUAUCCAUCACAUCUCCCAUGAGCCCCGGCAUGCUGCGAGACGCACCGCAGUACUUAUCCGGACAGCUCUCUAGCCAAAGCCUUAGUAGGAGAAUAGAGCCUUUUAACCCUAGGGUUCAGGUUAAACUCUGGUAUGAUAAAGUGGGCCACCAGCUCAUUGUCACCAUCCUGGGAGCCAAGGACCUGCCGUCACGAGAUGACGGACGACCAAGGAACCCCUAUGUCAAAAUCUACUUCCUCCCGGACCGAAGUUUGAAUUAUUGUUCCUCCAGUGACAAAAGCAAGAGGAGAACUAAAACGGUAAAGAAGUCAUUAGAGCCCAAAUGGAACCAGACGUUCAUGUACUCGCCAGUGCAUCGACGUGAGUUUCGUGAGCGCAUGCUGGAGAUUACGCUGUGGGACCAGGCGCGAGUCCGUGAGGAGGAGAGCGAAUUCCUCGGAGAGAUUCUGAUCGAGCUGGAGACAGCGCUGAUGGACGACGAGCCGCACUGGUACAAGCUGCAAAUGCAUGAUGUCUCUUCGAUGCCUCUGCCCAAGAGUUCCCCCUACCUUCAAAGGAGAACGAUGCAUGGAGAGAGCCCAACUCGCAGACUACAGACUCACGGCUCGUAUUCGCACAAUUCAGGAUCUCACAGGAUCAGCGACAGCGAGAUUUCCGAUUAUGACUGUGAGGACGGCGUGGGAGUCGUUUCAGACUACAGACAAAAUGGGCGGGACCUCCAAAGCUCCACCCUCUCUGUGCCUGAACAGGUCCUCUCAUCCAAUCACUGCUCACGGUCGGUGGACAUUAACCGAGCACGUUCACGAUCACCCAGCGUUCCCCCUCCUCAGAGGAAUUACGGCAUGCCGGACAGGCGCGAAAUGGAACGGCCCAUGUACACGCGCUCGCGUUCCACCGAGCGCCCCCCCGAUGCCCACCACAUGAGAUCGUCCAUGCCCACGCUGUCAUCCGGACACUCUGCGCCGCCCUCGCCCGCCUUAACGAGGGCACACCCCCGAAGUGGAUCAGUCCAAACCAGUCCUACCAGCACACCUAUGAACAGCAGGAGAGGACGGCAGCUACCACAACUGCCCUCAAAGGGGACGCUAGACAGAAUAGAGAGAGAGAAAACAAGCCCAGAGAACAGAGAUGAAGGUGCUAUGGAUGUGGAGGAGAGGACACGGCAGAUGAAGCUGAAGGUGGAAAAGUAUAAACAGGGAGCAGGCUCUGACUCCCGCCUGGAGCAAGACCACCGCUCAAAGCAUUCUGGCAGGGAUGGGAAACACGGGAUGGACAACCUCUCGGCCAAAUCUUCCGACAGCGACGUGAGUGACGUGUCCGCUGUGUCGAGAAGCAGCAGUGCCUCUCGCUUCAGCAGCGCGAGCUACAUGUCUGUACAGUCGGAGCGGCCGCGAGGCAACCGCAAGAUCAGCAAAACGAUGCAGGGGCGGAGCCUCUCCCGGGAAGGGGAGGAACUCUCUGGGGAGGUGUUACAUGAGGAGGAGGAGGGAGGGAUGGGAAAUGAUUGUGAGAGCGGUCGAAAGGCAAAGACCCAUAGAGUAGAUAGAGAGGCGGAGUCUAUUGAGGAAGCGGCCGAGAGGAGGUUCUCAGACAAUGACCUCAGCGACUUUGCGUCCAAAAUGAAAAACAGGCAAAUGGGUGUGGCGGGUGACACCAAUCUGACCAAGAGCACCAGCAUUGGCGGGGAUAUGUGCAGCCUGGAGAAGACUGAUGGCAGCCAAUCGGACACGGCCGUGGGCCUGGUGGGUGGAAACCUCAAGAAGAGGCGCUCGAGCAUUGGGGCAAAGAUGGCUGCCGUGGUGGGAAUGUCCCGCAAGAGCCGCAGCACCUCACAACUCAGCCAAACAGAAGCAGGAGGCAAGAAACUGCGCAGCACCGUCCAGAGGAGCACCGAGACAGGCCUGGCUGUGGAGAUGAGGAGCAGAAUGACGCGGCAGGCCAGCCGCGAGUCCACCGACGGCAGCAUGAACAGCUUCAGCUCUGAGGGGAACCUGAUCUUUCCUGGAGUGCGACUCUCCUCAGACAGCCAGUUCAGUGACUUCCUGGAUGGACUAGGCCCCGCCCAGUUAGUAGGCCGACAGACUUUGGCUACACCUUCCAUGGGCGAUAUUCAGAUCGGAAUGGUGGAGAAGAAAGGAGCUCUGGAGGUGGAGAUCAUUCGAGCCCGAGGCCUUGUGGGUAAACCAGGAUCUAAGUCACUGCCAGCCCCUUACGUGAAGGUGUACCUGCUGGAGAACGGAGCAUGCAUAGCCAAAAAGAAAACAAAAGUAGCACGCAAAACCUUGGACCCUCUUUAUCAGCAGCAGCUUUCCUUCGAAGAGAGUCCAGGGGGAAAAGUCUUACAAGUCAUCGUGUGGGGAGAUUACGGCCGAAUGGACCACAAAUCAUUUAUGGGCGCCGUUCAGAUACUUUUAGACGAGCUGGACUUGUCCAACAUGGUGAUUGGCUGGUUCAAGCUCUUUCCCCCGUCCUCAUUGGUGGACCCGACGCUUGCUCCUCUGACUCGAAGAGCAUCGCAGACAUCUCUGGACAGCAGCUCUGCGCGAUUCAGCCGCUCGUAGCACAGCGCUAACGACUAGCGUGGUUGUUGUAGCAUCAUCCAUCAUCCCGAUGGUGGGAGUUUGAGAUUUGAGGCCAGUCGCUGCCCCUCCCCAGUAACACACACUGCAUGCUUGGUGUUGUCUUCUGAGCCUGUUUCUUAGGGGUGAAAACUAAAAGCGGUCCUGUGUUUGCUCGCAAAAAAAAAACAAAACAACAAGAUGAUGAUAAUACUAAUAAUAGAUAAAUAAACCUCGCACAUGUUGAGCAUGGAGAGUGACCCCUACAGUCGGGGAGCAGCCAGAUGAAGGAAAUGGACCUGUUUUUUGUCUUUUUCAAAGCCAUGGGGUUCUACUCAAGCCCAUAUUAACGCUCAUUUGUUUCUCUUCCAUUAUCGUUCAUUGUUCAGUUGUAUGUGAACGGGUGAAGAGUGUAUCUUGGGUCAUGCCAUUUAAACAGACCCAGAGUUUAUGAUUAUGGAAUUGAGUUCGUAUUAAACCGUCUGCACUCCCCAGAUAUGCACACGAUCGCAAGCGUGACUGUUUAUAGAUUUUUUUUAAAAAACAAAACAAAAAAAAUGCAAUACUGAGAAGGUUAUAAUCGACAGGAAAGCGAAGGUUCGCGAUUUCCCGGAUGAACGAUUUUUCUGUCGUUAUUGUAUGAAAUUUCAAAGGGACUCUCUCUUUUUUUUUUUUUUUUUUUAUUUUUUUUUUAUUUUUAUUGCAUGGACACAAAAUUUAGCUGAUCUUAAAGAAAUAUUUUCUUCAGAUUGCAACUUGAAAAAAAAAAAAGAAAGAAAAAAAAAUACACAAACAGGAAACAGAUCAGCCAUUUUUUUGAAAAUUUCUAUUAUUUUUAAAGAGAAAUUUCACUAGUGCAUGGUUUUCAUGGCGAGUGAAUGCAAUGGCGUGAUUUAAUGAAGAAAAAAAAAAUUAGGAAUCCUGUUUUGUUAUCCUAAAGACUAGGGUCUAUACUGUAUUUUUACAGACAUUAUGAUUAAAUAAGUACUUUAGAAUUUAUUUACAGGGAGAAAAAAAAAAAAAAAAAAACCUCCCGUUCAUGUGAGGUAAAGAAAAUGAAAAAUGUAUUAUUUAUUUCAUCAAUUAAGGCGGAAGCCUUACAGAGAUAAUGUGCAAAUUGUACAUGUUUCUUUUUCUCUCUCUUGUCCCAGGGUAACUCUUGCUGCUCUUGUCAGAUUUUCCCCUCCGAUACCAUUCCGAUGUUUCCGCAAGGCUGAUCAUACAGUCUUGUGUUUUGUACUUUAUUUGGACUCGAUUCGAUUUAACAAGCAUGUUGAAAUGGAUUUUCUGCAACAUGGCUUGGGCACAGUGUGCAGUAACACAGCAUGUUUUGAUAAAGAUUUGAAAAGGAAAAAAAAAAAAGAAAGAAAAAAAAAGACUAACUUUUUUUUUUUUUUUUUUUUUUUUUUGCAAUUUCUUGUACAGUGCAUGUCAACUAUGUUACUUUGGUCCCUGAUUGAAUUUUAAGAAAAUUUGGCUGGGUUUGAACAAAACAUUCCACCAAAAAAGAAGGGAAUUUUAUAUCCUGGAAACAAAUACCUCCCCUUCCCUACCCCCCAGUAUUCAGGAUGAAUGAAAACCCAUGGUUGAUUUGCAAAUGCUUUCCUGCAUCUCAUGGACAGUUGCAGUAUUGCGCAAUGCACAUGUUUUACACACAUGACCCUGGAACUGGGACAACAUGGACGCUCGCAUGACAUGAAAACUUGCCACAUGAUAGAAAAUAGAAAUUUCUAGAUUAUUUUUCGUCUUCUUGCUUAGGUUUCAGAAAAGUUCCUUUAAUAUAUUUUUGUUAUUUUAUUUACAAGCCAAGACCAGUUAAUUUAAAUUUUUAUUUUCUAUUUUAGUAAUUAUCAAAACUUUGAGAUGACUCUUCUAGGUAUAAUGUCAGAAUGGAGCUAUACGGAGACAUUAUUCCUCUUCCAUGUAAAGCGAAAUCUAUUUUGGUGUUCAUUCAGUAUCUUUGCUUUUCUCUACCAGGCUAUGUAUAGUUUCUCUCUGAUUUGACAGUUGUAUAUAUUAUAUGUCAUAAGUUAUGGAAUUUGGAUUUUUAAAAAAAUAAUAAUAAGCAGACAUCUAUAGAUAAGAUCGCACGGAAUUGGGAUAAUGUCUUACUGGACUAAGACAUGUUACACCCUUUUUGAAUGCCUUCUCUCUCUCUCUCUUUUUUUUCUGGUACAAUGCGUUCAUUCCAAGGCUAUGUCUUGGUUAAGUAUGGUUGAGUACAGAGAUUUAUGUAAGUUAUUUUUCAAAUUAAACAAUAAAAAAGGGAUAUUAAACUGAA